AUGUAUGGUCAUGUUAAUCCUGUAUAUGAUCAAAAUGUAAAUAUGGGAGGUAAUUAUGAUCCAAAUGUGAUAGAAAUUGAGGGAAGAUUUUACCGGCAAUUAGAAAACGUUCAUAGGACGGUUCCUAUAACACAACAUAGUCAAAGUCAAGCAUUACAAGGUGUUCAAACGCAGGGGGUUACUACAGUAUCGAAAGUACUAGAACAACAACCGUUAACUUCUACACCUAACAAAAGAGGUAGAGACAGAAUAGAUAAUGGAAACGGUAAUGAUGAUGGCUAUACGCUAGUACAACGAAAUAAGAAACAGAACAACAAUAGAAGUAAUAAUAAAAAUAGUAGUCAGAACAAAGCAGUCAUAACAAACAAUAUUAAUAACAUGCAGAAUUAUAAUAAAUAUCAAAUGCCGAUGGAUCAGAUACAAAGGGCGGUUAUUCAUAACCUUCCCUGUUUUACCAUUAAUUUCGAAGCAAGCGUCCGUUUAUUGUCGGCAGUGAGAAUAACUGAAUUGUUAUACGAGCAUUUUAGGAAAAGUAACGUAAAAAUUGGAAAAUUCUCAUUAGCACGUUAUCAAGGGCGUCAGUUUAAAAUAAGAGUGAGCGAUAAAAAGGAUUACUUUACAUUAAGAGCACUGGAGGUCUGGCCAAAAGAAAUUGGAGAGGAUUGUAAGAAAAUGGAAAUAAUUAUUCCAAAAUUUAUUCCGGAAGAAUUCUCGCUUGUUAUUAGAUAUAUACCCACAAUGUUUAACAUAGACCAGGUCAAAUAUGAAGUAUUACAAUCAGCAGAGUCCGCGGAUAAUUUUCGUCAGAUUAUUUAUCCAUAUGAAAGAACUACAAACGAUUUUAGAUUUACAGUCGGUAAUUUAAAGGAUUUUGAAGGUUUAUUAAAAUUACAACGUAUUGGCAUAGGAAAUUUAAUGAGACCCGUCACUCCUUAUCUACCGGCAAAUAAUCUAACUUACUGCACGAAAUGUUGGAAAUUGGGACAUGUGCAGAGGGACUGUAAUAGUGAUAAAGCUAAAUGUAAAUGUUGUUUGGAAGUCUAUCAUCCACAACACAAUGAAACUUGUUCCAAACAACCCACGUGUGCUCAAUGCGGGCUUAAUCACCACUCGUUAGACCCUUCGUGUUUAGAGGUCAAAAACUACAGAUACAAUUUAAAUAAAGCGGUCAAAGAGGCUUUAAAUGAUGGUGUAAUCCAAUUGGAUAAUAGGUAUUUGACGCAACAAAUACCUCAACAAAAUUUUGAACUAAGAAGGAAUGAGUUCCCAUUAUGGAAUCAACCAUCCAGUAAUAAUAAAAUGGAAAAAAGAAAUAUCAAUGCUUGGAAUACACCUUUCGAAAAUGAACAACCAUUAGAACGAUUAGAAAUCAAAAUUGACCAUAUUGGCCGGUUUAUUACAAAUACACAAGAAAUCUUGAUUAGAAUAGCAUCAGAAGCGAAAAAAACAGAAUGUAUUAUAAGUAAUACAUGUGAAAUUAUAGAAGAAGUUAUUACAGGAAUCAAUGACUUAACGGAAAAAGUGUUAAAACCAAUGGCUAUUCGUUUAGACGAUCAAGUUGUGAAGAAGAAUGUAGAUGAGUUAGCAAACUGGACAUUAGCACUAAAUGAUAAAUUCAAGAGGAUACUGAGAGAGUCAAAAAUAUACAACGAGGUAGAACACGUAACUAGACCAAAAGAUUUGUUAGAAAAUAUGGUGUAA